CACAUUAAAUAAAGCCGCAGCAAAGUGUGAGACGAGAGACUUGUAGACCGUAGGUGACCUGUGUAUAUCUACUUACUGCCCAGGAGAAGAAGGACUUCCGACGCCUCUUACAAAUACAGACAUUAACAAGGACUCACUCCAAAACAAACCGCUGAUCAUCAUGGCUCUGGACGGAUGUGGCCUCCUCUGCAAAUACAUUCUCCUCGUUUUCAACCUCAUCUUCGCGGUGGUAGGUUUUGCCUUUUUGGGCCUCGGUUUGUGGCUGAGAUUCAGUGACAACACCAGAGGCAUCUUUGAAAUAGAGACCCUCAACUCGACUGCAUUUGUUACAGGUGUGACGGUACUGAUAGUUAUGGGUGCAGUAAUGCUGAUUGUCGUGGCGUUUGGAGACUAUGGUGCCUGCAACGAGAAACGAUGCUCUCUGCAAGUGUUCACUGUCCUUCUGGCCAUUCUGGCUGUUGCUGAAGUUGCCAUUGGAGUGCUUGCCUAUUCAAGGAGUGAUGAGGUUGGGCUGCACAUUACGGAGUUCUACUCCAGCAUGUAUGCUCUGUAUUUGACUAGUGGAGACCCAGCCAUUGGUAUCACUCUCACAUUCAUCCACAAAAUGCUGCACUGUUGUGGAGUGACAGGAGUCCCUGUCAUAGAGCUGGCUAAAAAGACCUGCCCCAAACCAGAUGGGAUCCUUGAGCACUUGAUCAUGCCUAACUGUCCUGGGAUCAUCGUGGAUGUGUUUAACAGCAAGGCUCCACUGGUGAUGGGUAUCUUCAUUGGAACUGGAGCUCUUUUGUUCAUAGCUUUGAUUUGCAGCACAACCCUCUCAGCAAAGCUUCGUCAGUCUGCCUCAUCUGCUCAGUAUAUCAUCCUGACUCAAUCCACUGCAAACCUGGCUACACCUCUGCCACUUCAACAUCAAUCUGUCAACACUUUGUACCCCCAUCUUGACCAAGAUCCAGUCGUCUUCACCCCUCUCACUGUGGCAAAUAUCCCUGUGGCUCAGGCUUAGUGCCCUUCUUUCACUCUCACCCUCAACCUGUCCUUUUCCACAAUGCCCUGGCUUAUAGAAUACAAAUGUAAGUUUUCAUCCAUUCCCUUCAUUGCUCAACAUGUCACUGCAGGGUGUCUUCAGCUCCAUUUUUAAAGGAAAAUCCAUCUUUAAAGUCCCAAGACACAAUAAAACUCCAUCUAUUGUAUCUCCUUUACUCAGAGACAAUUACCCAAAUGCUGCUGAUGUGCCAAAAGUUUGGAAUGUCAUCAUUUAAAAACAUUAAUGUGGAGGUUUAUUUAUAUUGUUUUCAAAACAGACUAUGGGGGUUUUAUAUAACCACAGAGGUUUGUAUAUAAAAGAGGGAGUCUUUUUUUACCCCUACUGUUAACUCAGUUUUCCUGAGGAGGCUACAAUCAUUUAAAGUAAAUCAACUUGUGAUGAGCUGAUGAGACAGAUUCAAGCACAGAGGGCACACCUUCAUCACCAGCUAACUCCUGGAAUGCUCUUCACAUCACAAAUGAGUGAAUAAUAGUUUACAAGGUUGGAUUCUUCUUUAGGUAUCUACUUGUUCCUCAUUCUCUUUCUGUCUACUUGUUCCUCAUUCUCUUUCUCCUUGUCUGUUGUCUCGUUUUGCACCAGCUUCCUUUUUUCAAUUGCUGUUCACAAAUUGAUAACGGGGGAAGGGAAGUGCAACCUCUCCUUUUCACGCUCUCUCAUUGUGUGGCUGUGAUUUAAUCCUGGAGGUGAUAAGGGUAGCAGCAAGAUGUUCACUGCAGAGCUCUUUGUCCCAUCCCUGCUCUUUACUUCCCCUCCACCCUUUGUGUCUGCAUGACAGAUUAUUGCCCUGGUCUGCUCCAGUAUCCUCCUGCAAAAGUUGAAGAGAACACAGCAGGAAAUCACUGCAUACUACAACAAAGUGUAUUAAGAAGAGGACUCAAAUAUCAACCCUGCUAUCGUCUGCCUCCUCAACAAAGACCACUGCUGGAAUUCUGGCUCAACCAGCAAAUCAAUGUUUACAGAUUUUUCUCUGUAUGUGAACUACUGAUUUUAGUAGUUUUGCAAUUGAACUAGAAAUAUGUUACAAAAUGCAUGUUUAUGUCCUAAAACAUUGCAUUGUUCUAAUAAUGACCCAUUGUGAAUACUUGA